ACUAUUCUAUGUACUAUGAUAAUAGUAUUGAUAAGGAUAGACUUGCGGAGUAUACGGUGUUCAAAGAUGUGGGAGAAAUGUGCGUUGACGUAUUGUCUCGUGUUCGCGAUUUUCUUCAAAUUCACGCAUUGUUACAGGAGCGAGGAGUACUCGCUGCUCAUGCCGAACGUGAGACCGAACACGCCCGACCUCUACCUAUGCACCCCAGUUAGGGUAGACUUUGCGAGCGACUAUUACAUUACUGGCUUCGAGCCGAAUGCGACGAUGGAAACGGCUCAUCACAUGCUCAUCUACGGCUGCACCAAGCCGGGUAGCGCAAAGCCAGUCUGGAACUGCGGAGAGAUGGCGAAUCCUGGGAACAAGCGUAACAUAGCGCCUCCCUGUAGCGAAGGAACUCAGAUCAUCUAUGCGUGGGCGAGGGAUGCUCCCAAGUUGGAUCUACCAAACGGCGUGGGCUUUAAGGUCGGUGGUGACUCUCCCAUACAGUAUAUAGUCCUGCAGGUACAUUACGGGCACAUCCAUCGGUUCAGGGACGGUAGUACCGACGACUCGGGUGUAUUUCUGCAUUACACGACGCAUCCGCUAAACAAGCUGGCCGGUGUCCUUCUGCUGGGAACGGGCGGCUUCAUUACACCUAGAAGUACGGUGCACAUGGAGUCCGCCUGUCGAAUAAUGGAGAAUAAGACUAUUCAUCCGUUUGCGUACAGGACGCACACUCACUCGCUGGGGAAAGUGGUGUCCGGCUAUGUAAUAAAGCCGAAUGACGAGUGGAUCGAGCUCGGUAAGAGGGAUCCGUUGACCCCUCAGAUGUUCUAUCCCGUGACUCACAGAGUGCCGAUAACGUACGGUGAUACGCUCGCGGCACGUUGCACGAUGAAAAAUACCCGCGACAGGGUAACUUAUAUAGGCAAAACGAACGAGGACGAGAUGUGCAACAUGUACAUCAUGUAUUACGUGGAGAAUGACGCUCCGUUGAAGCAGAAGUAUUGUUUCAGCACAGGACCACCGUACUACUACUGGAAACAAGAAUUGAGGAAUAUUCCCGACAUAGAGGCAUCUACGCUGUAAUGCCUCGUGUCGUUUGGCACGAUGAUAGAUCGAUUUUAUUUUACCAUAGAGAAAUUUCUAUUCGUAAGAUCCGGACUUUGCAGACUGCGCAUUUCAAUGCAUUCCGAUUUAGUUGGAGUCUGUGUAAUAACGUAAUUGGAUGUCGAGCCGUCCUAAUAAUUUAUUUCGUAGAUUAUAUACCUUGAUAGAUUCGGAUUACCUCGAUUAUCUGUUGCUGUUGGUAUAACUUAUAUGCUUCCAUUUGUUUAUCCCAUCGCACAACGUUGAUCUUGAGAAUUUUCUGAAAGUAUCUUAUUUAGAAAAUCAGAUUGACCUGAGACAUAAGAUUUUUCUUCGGCAGGAUAUAAUUAUUAUUUGUCUCGUAAACGCACAGAUAAUUUGGAAUUGAUUUCUAAUUUGUAUCUUUUAUACGUGAUCGUGACUACGAAUGUAUGAACUGUAAACAGGGUAUGUUGUACUUAUUUUAUGCAAGUGACUUAAGAGACUCUAUAUACCAAUUUAUCACGCAUUCGUGAGAUAUCUCUUUUCGUUGGUUGUUAGAAAUGUGAUUGAAUCUCGAACAAUAUUUAUAUUUUAGAAUGGGAUUAUAUCAAAAGGCCAUGUCGAUGUAAUAUAAAGAGAUAAUAUUAGGCUUAGCAUUUCAGUCAAUAUUUAUGGCUAUGUGUAUAUUAUAUGGAAAAAGGAUUGUCGCAGUAGAACAUUGAGCAACCUAUAUAUAUACAUGAUAUCUGUGAUUCUGUUUGCUUUGUUUUGUCAAUCAGUAUAUACUGAGUGCACCAGCAUCAGCAAAAUUUCAAAUACCUGAUCUACGAGCAUUUAAAUGAUCUCUAGAUAUUUAAUCAAUAUAUCCAAACGUAUGGCAUUUAGUAAUUUAUUUUUUAUAGCGUACAUUCGACACACAAAAACCUGAUUGAUAGAUUUUUAGGAAUACUAAGGAACAAAUGCAACCUUAUGUGAUUUAUUGAUUAUUUAUAUGUUAUAAUUAUACGUUAUCAUCGCAGGAGAGGAAAAAAUAUGUAUUAGAGAAAUUGUUUCAAUUGUAAAUAGUCAAUUGUUACAGCGAGAGUUUCGUCACUUAUAUGUAUACACGCGCAAAGUUAUAUCUGAGACCAAGACCAAGCUUAUGGUACCAUAUCAAAUCAAUCGCGCAUUGCAGUUACAAUGAAUGAAUUAAUCAGUGAUGUAGAGGAAAUGAUUUCAAGUAGUUUCUCCCAGGCGAGGCGUUACUAAAAUGAGGGAAUACUAUUUCGAAAUACUAGAAUCUUUUUUCGAUGGAUAUCUUCUCUAGACUGUAUAUAAAACGCUCAGGAAUCUCUACCUGACUGCUCGAAGCUAUAUUUGAGUGCUGGAUACGGAGGACCAUGGGGAACUGUGGAUAACUCUUCAGCGAGUAUUUUUCGCGAGAUAUGGAUGAUAUAUUUAUUUUCGAAUAAGUGUUUAACGCAGCGCAGUUUAACACCGUCGCUGAAAAUCUAAUUGUACGACAUGACGGAUUUCAAUAAACUACCUACGCAAAAAA